CCACUCACAAUAAGGAUGGUGCCAUGGCGGGAUCUGUAGAUGCACACAACUGACCCGCCAGCCGGUAACAGAGCAACGGAGCCAGGGCACAACAAGCACGCAGGCGAAGGCGAGAGAGGCUGCCCAGAGAGCAGACGAUCCCGAGCUUGAGGAGCCUGGGUUUGCGGUUUAUUUUUUCUCCCGACAAAGACACACACUGUCUAAACUGUGUGGCUGGUUGUUAUUAAGAAGCUGCUGUACGAGGGGAAAAUGUAUUUAAUAAAAGGCCCAGUGUUUGUGGUCUUCUUAGGCUCACUGCUGAGCUUAGGAAAUCUUGAGGUGUGACCAGUUUUCAGCCUUCAAAACCAAGAUGAACUGCCCUUGAGAAGGGUGGUCAGAGAGGAAACAUGUUCACACUCUCUCUCCUGAGCCGGGGACAUGGGAAGUUGGUCCAGAACAAACAGAAGUUAGAAGUCUAUUUUGAACCAGAGGAUUACUUGAACUGGAAGUCCCCAGAAGAUUAUGUCCUGGUCAGCAAACCAAAGGAUGAGGGCAGUGGCAGCCAGCACAUGUGGAGUCUUUUUCUCCCUAAAACAUUCAGCACUAGAAAGGGCGCCCUGAUUCUCUACUCAGAAGGUUUAGCCAUAUCAGCAUGGACACCUGAAGAGAGAAGAAAAGGCCCCUGCCGCCCUAAAGGCCCUAGGAAGAGGCUAGAUCUUGAACUGCAUACACUCCAGGACCUCAAGGAAGCCAUCCUGGCUUACGGAAGGGGACAGAGGGAACAGGACAGAGGCUGGCAACCAUACCUCCACUUCCGAAGUCAACCAGAGAGCCAGGCCCAACGGCAGAUCCAGCCUGGGUAUUCAGCCAAGAGAUACCUCCGAGGCCUCUUGCGGACAUGGCCCCCUGACACCAUACACAGGCUCCAUUGUGCAGGAUACAUCAAGGAUUCUGUGCUGCUCCAGGACAGUCAACUUAAUGUACCAAAGCACCUCAGGCCACAACAGGACCUUUCAGGUGUACCCCUCAAAUACCAUCUCCUGCCUGUCUUCCCUCCAUUUUGGAUUCAACAAGGAAAACCUUUUGAACAAGGUCAGCAGGGCAUGGAUGAAGGGGAAGCUGGGGCUGGUGAACACGUGGACCAGGGCUCUGUACCCAAGAACAGCAGUGAGGGGACUUACUUGCCGCCACUCAGGAAGCAGCCCUGGCAGGAAGAUGAAACCCAGGCAGAGGACACGUCAAUAGAGAAUCACCGACGUAUACACGCUUCAAAGGAAAGCCACAAUGAAAUAGCACAGCAAACCUCCAGGAGGGCCUUUGGGCAUGCCCACUUCGAUCAUUCUUGGCUCCUGAGUGACAAAGCCCAUGUUACAUUCUAUGGAGGCGCCUUCCCCAACAGGAAGGCAGAUCUCAGUGACGGACCCUGGAAUGUGAAACUCCACAAGGGCAGAAGGAGCCCUAUGUUACAGGAGCCUCCUGCUGAAAGGUGCCUUUUCCCUCCUGUACCAUCUGCCACUGGCUCAGAAAAAAAUGCAACUGGGGAAGUGAAGCAGAAAAAGGCACCAAAGACUCUGAAAUUACCUCUUAUCUCGGAAGAAUCACACAGAGUCCUGGACCCACCAAGGAGUCAAUUUAAAGCUAAUGAGCCCCCAGCAGAGCUCUUCAUCUUUCCAGUGGAGAUUCAUUUUCACACCCACCAUCGCCCUAAAGAAAAAGCACACAAAAGAAGUGCUCCACAUCCUGAACCAGGACCAGAAACAGAAGAGACCAGGCAUUUGUGGAAACCUCCCCUGAAACAUGCAUCCUUAGAAAGACCAAGGGAACUGACUGUGCAUCUCCCAGUCGACACAGGCAGAGACAUGCUCUCGCCUCAAGAGGAAUCCAGAGACCCCACCCUGGGACACUUCUUGCUCAAUCCAGAAGGGGAAAACAUCAGCCUGUCCGUCCUGGGGCCUACCCAAACCGAGGCGCUUCCAUCGGAUGAAGCAAAUAUUGAAUCCAGAACUGGUCUUCAUGUGGAUCUUAAUGAAAUCUCUCCUUUCACCCAAAAAGCAGAGAAGCAGAGUGCCCAGCAGUCCUUGGAGGCAGCAGCUCAGAAGACAGGAGAGCCUCAAAGUUGUAUAAAUAACAGGCCGAUAUGUUCAAACAGAAAAGAAUUCUACACGCGCAAGCUGCACAUCGACAUGACGCCGUUCCUGAAGGACAGUGGUGAUGAACUGGACUAUCAUGAUGAACCAGAAGGACCCCUCAGAGAAAAUCAUCAAGACACCCCAGACCCAGAGUCAGGGAGUCUGACCCUUGGUCCUCUGAGUGCUUCCCUGGCUGGGCACAUGCAGCCCCCUACGGCAGAUAUUGUCCAAAAGGCGGGCAGAGAUCAUGAUACAUACCAGCUACACAGUGGACACCCAGGACAUGGAACUCAGUCACCAGAGAGAUUGAGUCCUGUAGAUACAUCUCUUCUUCCAAGAGAAAGAGAAGGGAAGGCUGAACCAAAACUGUUCAACCAGCGAGUUGCAGCCAGCAUCGGUCAUGAGAUGGACUAUAUUGACAAAGCCAAGAGAAAGAAAAGAACAAAGACAGACAAGUCCAAGGCACCCAAAGGGGGAAAAGAAGGAAAGGUCCACAAGGAAGCAGAGGCUGCAGUUGAGAAAUCAAAGGAAUCAAAGGCUGAAAAGAAAUCAAAGCUAAUUCGCAAAGAAAAGAAAAUGGGAGUCAAAAGAGAAAGGACACAGAAGGACAGGACUCUAGAGACAGCAGCAGGGUCUGAUGUCACCAGCACUAAGGAAGGGGAAGACACCUCAGAGAGAGAUUUCUUCCCUUCAGAUUCUCCUGGAGAGAACUCUGGGCUUUCCCCCAAAGAUGAUACUCAUGAGGGUCAAGUGUCUAUUGAUGGAAGAUUAUCACCCACCCAUAUGGUAACUGUCCCUGGAAACAUGGCAUCUGAAGAAGAGAAAAGCCAUGAGGACCCUUCCAAGGCCCUCCUCGCCAAGAGGGAGCACCAGGACAGGUUACGGAGAGAGAGGGCUGAGAUGAGACGGUUGGAGGUGGAGAGGAAGAGAAGGGAACAAGAAGAGCAGAGGCGACUCCAGCAGGAGCAACUGGAAAGGGCAGAGAAGAUGAAGGAGGAGCUGGAGCUGGAGCAGCAGAGACGCAGAGAAGAGAUCCGCUUGAUGAAACAGAGACUUGAGGAAGAACGGCAGCGCAAGGAGGAGGAGGAGAGAAGGCAGAGGCUCCAACUACAAGUGGCCCAGGAGAGAGCCUGGCAGCAACAGGAGGAAUUCCGGAGAAAACUGCAAGAACUGCAGAAAAAAAAGCAGCAGGAAGAAGCCAAGAGGGCUGAGGAAGAGAGGCAAAGACAGAAGGAAUUGGAAAUGCAGUUAGCAGAAGAACAAAAACGCCUGAUGGAAAUGGCUGAAGAAGAACGGCUGGAGUACCAACGGAGGAAACAGGAAGCGGAAGAGAAGGCUCGGCUGGAAGCAGAGGAGAGAAGGCAAAAGGAGGAGGAAGCCAUAAGGCUUGCUCUGGAGGAAGCCAUGAAACAAGCCCAGGAGCAAGCCAGGCAAAAAUCUGCUUUGAAGAAACGUCUUCAUUUCCAGCAAGAACUCCUUAAGGAAGCCAGUGGCCUGCAGUGGACACACAAUAUUUCCAGAUCAUGGGUCUACUCUUAUUUCCAGUUACUGCAAAUACCCAGACCUUAAGGAUAGAAGAUAACUAAAAAGUUCCAGAGACAGCUAAAAACACCCCAUCUUUCCCUCCUGAGGAAGAAUGUAAGCCUCUCAGUCUUUUCAGGAUUCCUGACCCCACCUUAUUCUCUGGUAUCCAUGAUUUAUGCUUUAUCAUAGAGAAAAAAGGUUUGAAUCAAAAGUGGGGAAUCCACCUCUUCUUUCUUCUCAAUAGAACAAUAACUAUUGGAUGGGUCUAUUUCACCACCAAUGUAAAAGUACAGAAUUUUUAAAAAAUCAUAGAAAAUAUAAGACCCUGUUUCCUUUCUCCUAUCCUUCUAACAUGCCCCACCCCCCCAAAAAAAAAAAAA